AUGGUCUCAUCCUGGACCACGCUGCGCAUACACGGCUGCCCCACAAUGGCUGAAAUCUGCAGGCAAAAGAAAGGUCUGACCGUGUCCCACCACCUCUGCAUUGGUGUGUCAAAAAGUGGGACAGGGGGUGCCGCCAGCCCACCCGAGGGCAGGACACAUCCUUCUCCGUUCCGCUGGGGAAGUGUCUACGAGCCGGAUAGAAACGUGCUGCGAAGGAAAGAAUGGGAAAGGAGAAAUCAGGAGGCCCAGCAGGAGGAUGGCGCGUUUAACACGAGUUACUCCCUCUUCAGUGAACCGUACAAGACUAACAAGGGGGAUGAGCUCUCGAAUCGCAUCCAGAAUACACUGGGCAACUAUGAUGAAAUGAAAGACUUGUUAACUGACCGAUCAAAUCAGAGCCACCUUGUUGGGGUUCCAAAACCUGGGGUUCCUCAGACAUCUCUCCCCAAGCCCGAUGAACAUCUUAUUGCAGACUCGAGACCGCCGCCUCCUCCUCCCGUUUCCAGCACUACUUCUUCCACACCAGCAGCCCUGUCAGCCCAGCAGAGCAAAAGUGCCACGAUGGGUUGGCAGAAGGCCGGGCACAACGCCGCUUCCGAUGGACAGCAGAGACCGAGCAAGCAUGGCUCACUGAGGGCCACACUAGGAGACAACGUCAACAGAGUGCAGCAGCCGUCAAAGCUCAAUUGUAGCUCGGAAGGUGGAGCUCAAGCGCAAGAGAGGGCAGCAAAGCAUGGUGGCGGGCACUGCGUCCAAAACUUCCCACACUUUCUUGCUUCGAAGCCCAGUCUGGUUCAUCAGAAACCAACGGCUUAUGUAAGGCCAAUGGAUGGUCAAGACCAGGCUCCUGAUGAGUCUCCAAAGCUGAAGUUACCAGCAGAGACGACCAAGUCGUAUAGGGGAGUGCCUUCUAACAAGCCUGAUACGGCCAGGACCAAGUCAAAGAUAGCCAAGUUCAGCAUUCCUAAGCAAGAAGAGGACAAUGGAACAGGAGAUAACAGCUGCAUUGAAGAAAUAUUGCGGGAGAUGACCCAUUCAUGGCCUCCGCCACUGUCAGCUAUUCACACACCAGGAAAGGCAGAACAAAGCAAAUUUCCCUUCCCAAACAAGGAAUCACAACAGGGAUCUACAGGACACAGCAAUACAAGGAAAAGUGAUGUAGAGCCAAAGAGUCCAGAGAAAAGCGCAACCCAGACAUCAAUGUUAGAAGAUGACCUCAAAUUAAGCAGCGACGAAGAAGAGAAUGACCAGCAGGCAGCACAGAGAUCUGCUCUCCGCGUUCUAUCUGACAGCCUGGUGGUGCCGCAGUCCAACGCCCGAGCCUCGGGACUCUCCAGCAAGGGGUCGAGCAGCAGCAGCUCCAGUGAAUCCGAGACCAGCUCAGAGUCUGACUCAGAGAGCGAAAGCAGCUCCAGCGAGAGUGACGGCAGCAAGCCCUCGCAUUACUCCAGCCCAGAGCCCGAGCCACCCUCGUCCAACAAGUGGCAGCUGGACAAGUGGCUGAAUAAAGUCACCCCGCACAAAGCACCCAUCCUGAGCCACCAUGACGGCCCGGCGCUGGAGGCCCAUCCCUACUACGGCCGCGUGAAGGCGGAGCGCAAACCGCACGGCGGCUGCAGUGCCUUUGGCUCCAUUAAUGCCAGGACUAGUAGUGAAAUAGCAAAGGAGCUGGAGGAACAGUUUUACACCCUGGUUCCUUUCGGUAGGAAUGAGCUCCUGUCUCCUCUGAAAGACAGUGAUGAGGUAAAGUCGCUGUGGGUCAACAUUGACUUGGCUCUUUUGUCCAGGAUUCCAGAGCGUUUGCCCGAAGAGCCGCUGGCCAUGAGUGCCGGAGCAAGCCAGGCGGCCAGCCUCCCGCAGGGUACUAGUGCUGACCCCCCCACAGAGAAGGGUUUACCGAAAUCUAGAAGGAAACGCAAGUGUGAGAAUGAGGAAGAGUGCAGAGACAUCAAGAAGACUCAUUUAGAGCGAGAGGGUUCUUCGCGAUUAGCUGCCUCUGCCCAUAGCAUCCCAACAGCAAAUCACUGCAAUAUGAAUGAAAAUAGCUUGGCAAUACCAAUAAAUAAAAAUGAGAAAAUGCUUCGGUCACCCGUCUCUCCCCUCUCUGAUGCAUCAAAACACAAAUACUCCAGCGAUGAUUUAACUUCCUCCAGCAGACCUAAUGGCAGCAGUCUAUUACCUUCCAUCUCCUCCAGCAAAAAACAUAAGGGUGAAAUCCAGUCGCAGCCACAUCCUGGAGACUUCAAUAAAGCAAUCCACAUAAAUUCAGAAAAUCUUCUUCUCUGCAAUAAGACCCAGUCCCAAACAGAGCCUUGGUCACCUCUGUCCAGCACACCCAGGGACUGCAGAAGGACAAAGCUUAUCUUUGAUGAUAUGCCACACAAUGCAGAUUACUUUAUGCAGGAAGCUAAACGGAAGAAGCAUAAAGCAGACGCAAUGGUGGAAAAGUUUGGAAAGGCACUGAAUUAUGCAGAAGCAGCACUAUCGUUCAUUGAGUGUGGGAAUGCAAUGGAACAAGGCCCAAUGGAAUCUAAAUCCCCUUAUACAAUGUAUUCAGAAACAGUUGAACUCAUCAGGUAUGCAGUGAGACUAAAAACCCACUCAGGCCCCAGCGCCACGCCAGAAGACAAGCAGCUGGCAGCAUUAUGUUACCGCUGUCUGGCCCUUCUGUACUGGAGGAUGUUCCGACUCAAGAGAGACCACGCGGUCAAGUACUCGAAAGCGCUUAUUGAGUAUUUCAAGAAUUCAUCAAAAGCUGCCCAGAACCCGUCUCCUUGGGGUGCCAGUGGAAAGAGCACAGGAACUCCAUCACCCAUGUCUCCUAGCCCUUCUCCAGUCAGCUCUGUAGGAUCCCAGGGGAGCACAGGGGCCCCUUCCCCAUCCCCUAUCAUCAGCAUUCCACAGCGCAUUCAUCAGAUGGCUGCCAACCACGUCAGCAUCACCAACAGCAUCCUGCACAGCUAUGACUACUGGGAGAUGGCUGACAACCUGGCCAAGGAAAACAGAGAUUUUUUUAACGACUUGGAUGCACUGAUGGGACCUGUCACCUUGCACAGCAGUAUGGAGCAUUUAGUUCAGUACACUCAACAAGGACUUCACUGGGUGCGGAAUAGCGCUCACUUGUCAUAAUGGCUGUGCCAUUCACAUGGACAGUAUACCUUUCAUGGAUAAUUCAGUUAUUCUGGACACUGUGCUACAGAAAUAGUCGACCACAGCAUUGAUCCAAACAAAGGUGAAUAUUUCUUCAAUACUGAGCAAAAUUUUUCUGAGUGUAGACAUGUAUGUGUGCGUAUGUACAAUAUAUGAUGAUGUCUCUUCAGAAUGAAUUGUUCUGUGCCACUCUCCAAACAUUUUCAUACACUAGAAAUACUAGAAAGAUCUUAAUGCACAAAACAUACCCUUUCUAUUCUUGUGCUGAAAAGCUCAAAAACCAAAAUCUCAUGGGUUGAUUGAACCAAGUGCAAUAAGCACAGAUCCCUCUUCAGGAAAGCUCUCGACAGAUUCUUGACUUUAAGCUUGUACUGAAAUCCUGUUGACUUCAGCAGAGCACAUACACAAGGGCUUUCCUGAACUGGAAUGAAUGAGGACAAAUCAUAGACGUGGAGAACUUUUCCUGCGAGCAUGGACACGUCACAGAGGUUUCAAUAUUAAUGUGCCAUCUCCCUGUUACUUCCCCACUGGGGCAGGGCACACAGAGGAGUUGAGUAGUCUGCAUUAAGUUGG